AUGAGCAAUCCCAGGGAAGAAGAUGAUAAUCUUACACUGGGUGAUGUACAACCAGGGCUCGAUUUCUGUAGCACACAGCCUCGCGUCAUACUUUCUCGAUUCAAUGAAGAUGUCGAUUCCUCAUCAAUAAAUCCGACCAAUCCGAGAGACAGGAAAAGUCUGUCCCCUGAAGCUUCUCGAGCGCCCCCAGACCACCGAAGAUUGCGUGUUGAAGACGACGAGAUCAGCAUCCAUACCCAAAAUGACCGAGGCUACGCAGCUGCUGGGCGGGCGUUCGAUAAAAGCAAAUUUGCGGCUUACCAAGAUACUGAGCCUAUCAUAGCAGAGUCGGACUUUGGACAAAUGGGCACGCACUUGCAAGGCAUACAGCCAGACCACGCUACGAAGACAACAUAUGUCAAGUCCAUGGCUUUGGAAGUCCUCAAAUCUCUCGAAAAGUACGACGGACGAUCUCAGGGGCCAAGGUGGUUGCCAGUCAAUCACCUUUUCAGAAUUAUUACAAGAGAUUCCGUUCUUCGAGCGUUAAAGGAAUCUCUUCAAAAAUUGGAGCUUUCCCAAGGAACCUUAGAGAGAUAUGCGGAAGCUGUGUGUCCCUCAAUAGGUUCAGAAAGCAGCAUCGGAUCACGAAGCAUGUUUGCGAUCCUUACGAUUCUGAACAGAGCUGAAGAAAUCCUUGAGUACGUUGAUCUCGAAUUAUCGGACGACAACUUGCCUUUUGUUGCUGGCCCAGACCAAUUGAGUCAGUAUGGCAAGCUAUUCCCAAAGGGUGUCCAGUUUCAACAUCCGUACCAGUCAUUCGGACGCCAUUGGACAUUUGAAACCUGGGGUGCGUUGAAGGAGUGGCAAAAGAUAAUGCGGUCACCAUUUUUUGCAAUUGACCCGGGCGACAGAGAAAGAGAUAUUCCUCACUACGAAUUGGAGCCUGAUACAGUUCUACCAUUCAUCAAAGAGUUCCCGGCCACAUCUUCGACAAUGACGUCUUACAGCAAAGUGCAGCGAGUGCAAAUCCACAUGCACCACCACACGAUGUACAAGGGGUUUAAUGACGAGAAUCCAUGCUUCGCUGUCAAAGAACUGCUCCCUGAGCUUGGCAACCAAGACACGAGUCGCGAACUCAACUUUAAAGAAGAGGUACGAGCUUUGGCCAAGACUGUCGGCUUAUCGAGUCAUGAUCAUGUUAUCAAGCUACUUGCAACUUGGAGGAGAGGGGACAGUUGGAGUAUGCUGUUUCCAUGGGCUAGGAGCAACCUCAAAGACUACUGGCUGCAAGAGUCUCCCGAUCCCAAAAGAUCGCCAGAAUUCGUACAGUGGAUGUCUACGCAAUGCCGGGGCCUUGCAGAAGGCCUCAAGAAGAUUCACAAAAGUCCUUCAAACCACCUCACAGAAGAGUUCGGUAUUCACGGAGACAUAAAGCCCGAGAAUAUCCUCCUCUUUGACAGCAAAUCGAACGAAUUUGGGACGAUGGUCAUUAGUGACUUCGGCUAUACUCGCUUUCAUGGAAGAAAUACUCGGUCAAACACCCCUGUAGUAGGCUUUAGUCCAACUCACAGAGCCCCGGAACUUGACCUUGAACAGACCAUCUCUAGAUCUUACGACAUGUGGACGUUUGGUUGCGUGUUUCUCGAGUUCAUUACCUGGUAUCUGAAAGGUCCAGACGGGAUCGAGCAAUUCGUGAAUCAGCGAAUUCAUGACGACAAAGGGGCACCUCCAGGCUUUUCUGAGGAUAAGUUCUUCAACAUCAACAACACAAUCGGCAAACAGAGAAGACCGAUAGUGAAGCGUUCUGUGGAAGACUGGAUAGCGCAUUUGAGAAAACAACCUCACUGUGGUGGCUAUUUCAAUGACUUCUUGAAUCUGAUAGUCAAUGAGCUUUUGCAACCCGAACCUAGAAAACGAGAAAAGUGCGACAAAGUUGCUGAGCAUCUCAGGAAGUUAGAACAGAAGUGCGAGCGUAUGUGCGAAAGCGGAACGGUGGAGUACCUCAUGGGCAGGAUCUCUGAGCCCUCGAUGCCUACAACCUCAUCUGUCACAACAUUGCCUUCACAUCAAUCAAAGAACUGCCGUUCCCAGUCAAGCUAUCCUUCAGUCAUAAGCUCCCUCUGCGAUAUUACCUGGGGCUCUUGGAGCGACCGUGGGUCAUCGAAGUGGCCACAUCGAUUGAUGAACAACAUCGAUGCGAUGCUCUUCAGCGGAGUUUCCUCACGAGAAGGUGGUGAACAACAUCACCGACAGCCUAUGGGAAGUCCUCAAAUGGAGCCUUUAGUCCAGCCAACUGAACAAACACCAUUGUUUCCAUCUACUACUGUGGAAACCCCCACCAUUUCUUACACAGCUACUUCCCAUCAGGGAUCAAGGCCUCGAGGUAGGCAAGGUGAGAAUCAAGAUGUGGUCGCUCCGAGAUAUCCCGACGAACCCUUUCAACAGCAACGAAUGAAUACAAACCUCCGCAUGCGGGACGGUCAGUGCCGAGAGUUGACGAACGGCAGGUUGGGUGACCAUAUCAGUGACACUAGAAGUAUCGAGCAAAAGAGACCGGGCUCUUUCCUGUCUGUUUACAGCGAUGGAGCUUUAUGUGGACUGAGAGACAUAUUCCAGUAUUGUUUCGCGUCUUCAGAGGACUCUCAGAGUUCUAGAGAUGGCUGA